CGGCGGGCGCCCCCGGGCCCCCGCGCGCGCCCCGGCCUCCGGGAGACUGGCGCAUGCCACGGAGCGCCCCUCGGGCCGCCGCCGCUCCUGCCCGGGCCCCUGCUGUUGCUGCUGUCGAUUGCGUCUGCUGCCUCAACUCGGCGCCCGACUUCUUCAUGGUGUGCGGAGGUCAUGUUCGCUCCUUAGCCGGCAAACGACUUUUCUCCUCGCCUCCUCGCCCCGCAUGUUCAGGACCAAACGAUCUGCGCUCGUCCGGCGUCUCUGGAGGAGCCGUGCGCCCGGCGGAGAGGACGAGGAGGAGGGUGCAGGGGGAGGCGGCGAGCUGCGGGGAGAAGGGGCGACGGACGGACGGGCGCAUGGAGCCGGUGGCGGCAGCGGCGCGGGCAGGGCUGGUUGCUGCCUGGGUAAGGCAGUUCGAGGUGCCAAAGGUCACCAUCAUCCUCACCCCCCAGCCGCGGGCGCCGGGACGGCCGGGGGCGCCGAGGCGGACCUGAAAGCGCUCACGCACUCGGUGCUCAAGAAACUGAAGGAGCGGCAGCUGGAGCUGCUGCUCCAGGCCGUGGAGUCCCGGGGCGGUACGCGGACCGCGUGCCUCCUGCUGCCCGGCCGCCUGGACUGCAGGCUGGGCCCGGGAGCACCCGGCGGUGCGCAAACCGCGCAGCCUUCCACGUCCUACUCGCUCCCCCUCCUGCUGUGCAAAGUGUUCAGGUGGCCGGAUCUCAGGCAUUCCUCGGAAGUCAAGAGGCUGUGUUGCUGUGAAUCUUACGGGAAGAUCAACCCCGAGCUGGUGUGCUGCAACCCCCAUCACCUUAGCCGACUCUGCGAACUAGAGUCUCCCCCGCCUCCUUACUCCAGAUACCCGAUGGAUUUUCUCAAACCAAGUGCAGACUGUCCAGAUGCUGUGCCUUCCUCCACUGAAACAGGGGGAACGAAUUAUCUGGCCCCUGGGGGGCUUUCAGAUUCCCAACUUCUUCUGGAGCCUGGGGAUCGGUCACACUGGUGCGUGGUGGCAUACUGGGAGGAGAAGACGCGCGUGGGGAGGCUCUACUGUGUCCAGGAGCCCACCCUGGACAUCUUUUAUGAUCUACCUCAGGGGAACGGCUUCUGCCUCGGCCAGCUCCAUUCGGACAACAAAAGUCAGCUGGUGCAGAAAGUGCGGAGCAAAAUUGGCUGCGGCAUCCAGCUGACGCGGGAGGUGGAUGGCGUGUGGGUGUAUAACCGCAGCAGCUACCCCAUCUUCAUCAAGUCCGCCACACUGGACAACCCAGACUCCAGGACGCUGUUGGUGCACAAGGUGUUCCCUGGCUUCUCCAUCAAAGCAUUCGACUAUGAGAAGGCGUACAGCCUGCAGCGGCCCAACGACCACGAGUUCAUGCAGCAGCCGUGGACUGGCUUCACCGUGCAGAUCAGCUUCGUCAAGGGCUGGGGCCAGUGCUACACCCGCCAGUUCAUCAGCAGCUGCCCGUGCUGGCUGGAGGUCAUCUUCAACAGCCGGUAGCCACGUGCCGGAUGGGACACGGACGGGAUACAGAGCAUCAGCCGAGCAGGCCACCGAGCAGGCCACCGUUCAAACUACUUUGCUGCUAAGACUUCCCUCCUGCGUGCUUGCUUUUCAUGCAGACUCUUUGGGUCGUAUUUUUUUUUUCCUCGUCGUCCUUGUCAUUUUUGUGUUCUAUUUUGUUUUGAGAAAUAGCUUAUGGAAAGAAUUGUUGGAUUUUUUUGUUUUUUUCCUAAAGCGGGGUUGGGGAGCAGGUAUGGUUGACAGGGACACCCCUCGUCAGAAAAGGAGGAAGCAGUGUGUAUGAAUGAGGAGCAGCCCUCACCUCUAUUUGUCAUUUCACCUGUCGGGAGUGUAUGUGUGAGUGUGUGCAUGCGUGUGUGUGCGUGAAGGAUGGAAGGGGCGUGGCAGAGAAAGGACAUCCUGUUUGCUCCUGAUAAAUGUCCCCAUCAUAAGGUUGGUGGCCCCAGCUGUGUGUCUUUUGCCAGUAGGACAUGCCCAGUAGGGCACAGGCAGUACCUGGGCAAGCUGGUGGCUCCUGGCCACGGGAGCCUCCCCAGGUCCCUGUGUCCCCCGCCCCCUGCCACCCCCCACGCUUCCUCCCUUCGAGGACUCGGGCCUACUCACAGGCUUCUGAGAAGCCGGCCAGUUAGGGGCUCCACCAGACCCAGUCGCUUCCAUCCCCUCCUUACUCCUCCUUUGGCCACGCCCCGCCGGGCUGCUGUCCUGUUGUCU